AUGGAUUCAUCAACUAGGGAAACCCUAGAUCCGUGGAGUGACUCUGAGAUGAGUUUAUCAACCUUUUCCGAUAGUGAAGUCCCUCCUGCAGUGAUAUAUGCAGAGGAGGAAGAGACUGUGUCUGCUGCGCUAGUCCCAGUGAAUAUUCAAGAUCCAAAGAUGAAGGGUCUGAAGCCGGUAGAAGCGGUUCCUUUACGUAUGAUUCCGGUUCCCUAUGGAGGUAAGGAUCCAGUCCCGUUUGUUGAAGCUGAGCUACGUCGCUUAAAAGACCAAUCUGCUCGUGUUGGAAAACGAGAAGUUCCCAUUCCCUCCAAGUUGAAGUCACAUAAAUCUUACAAGGAAGGAGAAUGGACAGCUUUCAUUGAAUUUAGAGAUGAUGGGCGCAAGGAUUGGACCUUUCAACAUAGGGAGUACCGCAGGGACUUCCGUUCCAAGAAUGACGUGAAAGACUUCCUGGAUUUCAACGGGCCGACAACAGGCAUGUUCAAAGGGAGAAAACUUCAGAAGAAGGUGAUCACCCCUUAUCAGAAACUUAUAGCACAAGAAUAA